AUUAAUUUCUUCAUCAUCUCUCUCUUCAAUUCAUUUCAGAAUUCAAAGAUCAUAGAAGAAAUGUUAUCCAGAUUCGAGAAACUUCGAUUGAUCAAAAGCGCAAUCAUCAUAACCGUCUACAUAAUUUCAUUCACACUCUAUUUCAUGUUCAAAGAAAUGAAGAAGAAAGCCAUAGCCGCACUCCCUAAGUUCCAUUUCUUCAAUCAAGUCGCCGAUCAUCAAAUCAACAACAGUACAAUCGCUAGCCACAUCUUCAUCGACGGCAGUUCUCCAAUACCUAAAGAAAUCGUAACCGCUGCCAUCAAGCUGAGUCUACCCAUUAUCAGGUACGAAGAUUUUCAUGAAUUGAUGAAGAUAGAGACGAAAUCGAUUGUUAUUCAGCAUGAUUCAAAUGGGUCUUGUGUUGUUUGUUGGGAAAGGGUUGAGUUGAGUGAUGAAAUUAGGGAUCUGGUUAAUUGUAGACAUGUGUUUCAUAAAGAUUGUUUGGAUAAUUGGCUUGAUGAAGGACAAAUUACUUGUCCGAUUUGUAGAUCUAUGCUUCUUCCUCCGUUUAUUAAUCCAUGGACGGUUGUUCUUGAAUCAAACUCGUCUAUGGAGAGAUCUGAUAGUUUAUGAAUCAUCUUGGAUCCAGUAUGAUCUUAGAAGAAGAAGAAGAAAUCAACGAUCCAUGUAUGUCAAUCGAUCUCCACUGUUUCUUUUCCUAUUCUUCUUGUAGGAGUAGAAUUUAUACCGUAAUGCAUUUUUCCAUCAACUUUUUUUUUUUAAACUGAAUUUUAUAAAAAUUAUAAUCAA